UGUUUCAUCUCCCCCAACAUCAGCCCCUGAGGAUAAGCAGCCAGCAGGGCCCUCAGAAGCGCUGCCUGUUCGUGUGCAGGCAUGGAGAGAGGAUGGAUGUGGUGUUUGGCAAGUACUGGCUGUCCCAGUGCUUCGAUGCCAAAGGCAGGUACAUGCGCAGCAACCUGAACAUGCCUCACAACUUACCUCAGAGGAGCGGUGGCUUCAGGGAUUAUGAAAAGGAUGCUCCCAUCACCGUGCUGGGCUGCACCCAGGCCAGGCUCGUGGGUGAAGCCUUGCUAGAAACCAACACCAUUGUAGAUUACAUCUACAGCUCGCCCUCGCUGCGCUGCGUGCAGACAGCCCACAACAUCCUGAAAGCCACAAGUGACAGAAGGGGUGACAAAGCACAGCCACAAGUCCUGGAGGCUCCCUGA